UUAAUAAUUGAAUCUACCUUUAUGUGGUAUAUCAUUAAAUAGUUCUAAAUCUAUACACAAACAUAACUAUUUUUUUUAUAAGCUUCAAAUGUUUUGUUAAAUCUAGCUGUAAUCCUCUUCUUUCACCCAAUUUUUUUUUUUUUGAGAUAAUCUUUCACCCCAUUAAAUUACUUUUCAGAUAUCAUAGAUGUAUCCCAGAUACGCUCUAGAUACCCAAGGAUAUGUUCAUACUUACAUGUACACCUAUAUAUAUGCAUACAUACACCCCCAACCUAUGCAAACAAGAUCCACAAUACCAACCAACAUAUCAAACAAUGGCAAACAGACAACCCCCAAAAGAACAAAACCCUCAUCAGAAGGGUAACGGCAGGAUCCAACGUCAACCUAAUUCUGCAUCGAGACAGAGAGAAAUUGAAAAUACCAUCAUGAAUCUCGACCUGCUUGCUGCCUUUGUUGAAUUGAAGUUGAAGAUGCUCCAGAAACAUAUGAGGAACCACUAUGAGAAAACAAAGGAUGAAUACAAUGGAAAGGACAAGGAUAAUGGAGACGGGAAGCCGGAUCAAGGACCACCUACCGUGGUCUGAUAAGCCAAACAGAUCAUAGAGAUUGCUGGAGUUUAUGAUAUUAUAUCUAUAUAUAUAAUCUAGUCAUCUUUUUUCUUUGCCUAUCGUAUAUAUGUUUACAUAUAUAUGGUGAUUAGUAAUAAGAUAAAAUAAAUAAACUAUAUGUAAUCGUCCAUAAACAUUAA